UCCGGCUCCACCCAGAAUGCCUUGCGGGAGAUAGGUAGAAUGGCGGAUCUGUAAUUGAACGUUUUGUGCGACUUAUUUUCUACGGAGAUUUUUUGUCCUCCCGAAUAUAUAUAUUCUUAUUUUAGUAGGGUUAUUUUGAAGAUAAGAGAGUGAAGACUACAGGAGUGAAGUUUGAGAGAGAUUUGUCCUUCCCUGAGAAAAUUCUGACAGACGAAAAACGCCGGGAUGGCAGAGGACGGAUUUUAGGCAGCGCCAGCCAUGUUUGCAGUCAAGGUGUUUUGAGAAGAGAAACUGCGGACUUCGACCGGGAAAAUUGGCUAUUAUUCGGGGACCUGAAUCACGAUGACGGACCCGUCGGAAUGCAGCAUCAAGGUGGUGUGCCGGUUUCGGCCCAUGAACGCCGCGGAAACAGCGGCCGGCUCCAAACCCAUCUCCAAAUUCCCUGCUGACGAUACAGUUAACAUCCAGGGCAAAGUAUUUACCUUUGACAGAGUAUUCAAGCCAACAACAACACAAGAACAAGUCUACAACCUCGCCGCCAAAGCUAUCGUCAAAGAUGUACUGGAAGGCUACAAUGGAACAAUAUUCGCCUAUGGGCAGACGUCCAGUGGGAAAACACACACAAUGGAGGGUGUACUACAUGACUUUUCACAGCGGGGCAUCAUUCCGCGUAUUGUGGACGACAUCUUCAACCAUAUCUACAGUAUGGAUGAAAACCUUGAGUUCCAUAUAAAGGUUUCUUAUUUUGAAAUUUACAUGGACAAAAUUAGGGAUCUCCUGGAUGUACAAAAGACUAACCUGUCAGUACAUGAAGACAAGAAUAGGGUUCCCUACGUCAAGGGUGCAACUGAGCGGUUUGUGUCAAGUCCAGAGGAGGUGAUGGACACAAUAGAUGAAGGCAAAAACAACAGACAUGUGGCUGUAACAAACAUGAACGAGCACAGCUCCCGCAGCCACAGUAUCUUCCUCAUCCACGUCAAGCAGGAGAACCUGGAGACCGAGAAGAAGCUGCACGGAAAACUCUAUCUGGUCGACUUGGCUGGCAGUGAAAAGGUGAGCAAGACUGGUGCUGAGGGCACUGUGCUGGAUGAAGCCAAGAACAUCAACAAAUCUUUGUCUGCCCUGGGAAACGUUGUCUCUGCAUUAGCUGAAGGAAAGAAAGCGUACAUCCCCUAUCGAGACAGCAAGAUGACCAGAAUCCUCCAGGAGGCGCUGGGUGGGAACUCCCGUACCACCAUCAUCAUCUGUGCUUCCCCGUCCUCCUACAACGAGUUCGAGACCAAGUCCACCCUCAUGUUCGGCCAGCGGGCCAAGACAAUCAAGAACACCGUUACCGUCAACCUGGAACUGACCGCCGAGGAGUGGAGGAAAAAGUACGAGAAGGAGAAGGAAAAGAACGCAAAGCUACGCUCUUUGCUGCAGCGGUACGAGGCUGAGGUGUCCAAGUAUGGGCUUGGUGAUGCUGUCCCAGUGGACGUACUGAAGGGCAUUCUGGCUGACAAGUCCGCCGUGGUGGACAACACCCCCGCCCCGCCCACCAUCGAGGCCGUCAACAACAACGCCAACGUCCAGGCGGUGGCCGUGAGCGAUGAAGAGAUGCGCAAGUUUGAGGAGGAGAGAACUCAGCUCUACCUGCAGCUGGAUGAGAAGGACAACGAGAUUAGCCAGCAGAGUGUGAUGGUGGAGAAGUUGAACUGCCAGAUGAUGGAACAGAACGAGCUGCUCAACCAGACUCGGCGGGACUUUGAGACCCUCCAGCUGGAGAUGAACCGGCUGCAGUCUGAGAACGAUGCAGCUAAGGAGGAAGUGAAGGAGGUUCUCCAGGCCCUUGAGGAGCUGGCUGUCAACUACGACCAGAAGUCUCAGGAGGUGGAGGAGAAGAUGAAGGAGAACGAACAGCUGAACGACGAACUCAGCCAAAAACAGACCUCUCUACGGAGUACUGAAGGGGAACUACAGACCAUCAAGGAGGUCCAGACCCACCAGCGCAAGCGGGUCAGUGAGAUGAUGGUCAGUCUGCUGAAAGACCUGGGUGAGAUCGGGCUGACUCUCGGCACCAAACCCGCAGAUACAAAUAACACAUCUGGGGAGGUGAAUGGGAAGAUUGAAGAAGAGUUCACCAUGGCUCGGCUCUUUGUCAGCAAGAUGAAGUCUGAGGUGAAGGCACUGGCAACGAGAUGUCAGACCCUGGAGACCACCAACAUUGACUGUAACAAGAAGAUGGAUGAGAAUGAGAAGGAACUGGGUCAAUGCAGGAUGCUCAUUCAACAGCAUGAGGUGAAGAUGAGGAGUCUGAUGGAGUCCAUGAAGGACGUCGAGCACAAGAAGCGUUCCCUGGAGGAGUCCGUGGAUUCCUUGAACGAAGAACUGGCCGAGCUGCACUCACAGGAGGAAUUACGUGUCGCUGCCCUUCGUGACAAGGAGGAGAAACACGCAGAGAAGAUCGAGAGCACCCUUCAGAUGAAGUCAACCCUGGAGAAGCAGAUUGAGAGCCACCGUGAAGCACACCAGAAACAGGUGGCACGGCUUAGGGAUGAGAUCGAACAAAAACAGGGACACAUCGACCAACUCAGAGACCAAAACCAGAAGAUGAUUCUGGAGCAUGAGAAGCUGCAGAGUGACUAUGAGAAGCUGAAGGAGGAAGAGGCUGAGAAGUCCAGGAAACUGGCCGAGCUCACCCUGCAGACAGACCGGCGCCAGCAGGCCCAGGCUGAUCUGAAAGGUUUGGAGGAGACUGUGGCUAAGGAACUGCAGACCCUCCACAACCUGCGCAAGCUGUUUGUUCAAGACCUCCAACAGCGUGUUAAAAGAUCCCAAAACAACGAAGAUGAUGACACUGGAGCCAGCGCUGCCCAGAAACAGAAAAUAUCCUUUCUUGAGAACAACCUGGACCAGCUUACAAAAGUUCAUAAGCAGUUGGUCCGUGAUAAUGCAGAUCUCCGUUGUGAGCUUCCAAAGCUGGAGAAACGUCUUCGGGCUACGGCUGAGCGAGUUAAGUCCCUGGAGGCUGCACUAAAGGACGCCAAGGAGGGCGCCAUGAGGGACAGGAAGAGAUACCAGCAUGAGGUGGACCGUAUCAAGGACGCUGUGCGCCAGAGGAACAUGGCCCGUAGGGGACACGGUGGGGCCCAAGUUGCUAAGCCCAUCCGACCAGGGCAGCCCAUAGGAGCAGGGAUCCGUGGGGGCGGCGGCAGCCCAGGGAUGUCCAACGGCCCCAGCAUCCGCGGCGGCGGCGGAUUGUCGCCUUCUCGUGAGCAGAACCCAAACAUCAUCAACUCUCCCACCUCGCCUCGUGGGGAUGCCGAAUCUUCUCGCAAACUGCCCAACGUUCCCGUAGCUCUGCCCAACAGAGGAGAAACUGGUGUGAGGAUGUCAGAUGCUGCUGACUUCAAGGACGCCAUGCGGUCUUCCCGGGCCCGCAAACUGCCCACUGGUGGGCCGGGCGUGCCCGCUGUGCAGGUGGUUCCCAGAAGUACAACAGUGAAGGAAAGCCAGUGAAUCUUCAGAAGCCAAGAGUUAAAAAUGUUUUCCACACCAUCAUUACUACUCAACAACCAUGGUCACCGCAACACCCCACGAAGGAAGAGACUACUUGAAGAAUAAGUUCCCAUCCUUAGACGUCUUUAAUUUAUCCUUAUUUAGUUAAGGAUAAAAACAGUAACAUAAAGUAGUUUGGGAUGCUUAUGACCAAAAAGAAUCAAACAAGCUAUGACGAGAUCUUUAAAACAAAAAGCAGGUGGGAAAGCACAAAGGUAAGAUAGGAAUAACCAAAGUUACAAGAUUUCACAAUGGCCCACAACAUAUGCACUGUAGAACUCUAUAAAGAGGUUCUUGGAAAAUCCCUUCCAAAAGUGUAAGAUAAGAUAAUGACUGCAAAAUUGACUUGCAAGUUAGUGUAAAUCCUAAAUGAACUGGAGAAGUGUAACAGAAACUGUUGCUUGUAAUGAAUUCAUGUCACGUAGGGCCGCUUGUUUGUACUUCUCCUUCUGUAGACCUUCUCAGAAUGUGGUCUUGAGGUAGUGUUACUGCGUGCGAGUGAAUGAGUGAAUUGUAAUUGCUGCCGAACACUGAAAACAAGCCACACACGCUUAUAAUUUGAGACCCUUGAUGUACAGAUGGUUAUGUAAAGCUACAAUCCAACCAAACACAAUAUGCCUAGGUUUGGUCAUGAUUACAAUUGCUGUAAGUCAGUCCACACUGUAUGUACCAGGCAAAGUGAAUAGAACACAUUGUUGAAUGUCUUUAGGGACAACUCACAACACUUCCUGAUAUCAGAGUUGCUUGCUUGUGGAGAUUGGAAGACACCUGCUUGAUGGCUAUCAAGAUCAUUGGAAUAACCAACUGAUAAAGCAUGAUGUAAGAUAAUGUUUAGCAUCUGAUAGUAACCGCACCGUUUUUCUUGAAGCAUUGUGGGGUAACGUGUCGCAUUGUGUAAUACGAGCACCUCCGUAGUAAGAAUUAGUAGUGGCUGUAUAAAACGAAACAAAUAUCACAAAUGAAAACUGCAGAUUUGUAGCAAAAAUGUUGCAGUUUGCUUCGGCAGGUCCAGAAAACGAUAAACCAGAGAGACAGAGCAUUUUCCAAGCACAAGUAAGAAAGGAUUUAGGACACAAUUGCUGUAAAUAGAUUCAGUGGAAUAUAAUUGGAAAUGAUAUGGUAUCUGUGCUAUAUUGCUCGGCAUAUGACGUGUGUGUUUCAAUUAAGAAGUAAGCGCUGUUGUUGUGGGAAAAUAGGUCGAGGUGCAAAGUAGUUGCGAAGAAAGUUCUGUCCUUACCAAAUGUAUAGUAUAACUGUGUGAAUCUCAUAGGACAUAGGAACACAGACAGGCCAGCAAAUGCAUGUCACGUAAGUGUUUCAACCAAAUUGUACUUGUCCAUUACUCAAGCACAGUCCAUAGUAUGAGAGGAACACCGGGACAGCUAGAUGCCUGUUAAAAACUAAAGCAAAACAGUUGGUUAUUCCAAGAAAUUGCUCGCUGCUAGCUUUGCCUGCCUUUGGUAUCUGAGAAAAAUGCUCUACAUGUUCACCUGUGUUAAAUGGUAAGGGAAAAAAAAGACGUUCAAAUUGUGUGUUUGUGUGUGUGGAUGUUUUACUGCAAAGAAGAUCAACAAUAAUGCUUCAUAUUGAUGUACAUGUACAAGCUCCAAAAGAAACUAUUGUGCGGACGCUUGUAUACUGUUUCCCCUAUUUUCCCAUUUAUGUAGGGUUAGGUAGUAACACAUUGGUGUGUAGGGUGAAGUGCCUGCCCUGUGUAAUUAUGUGUAAAUUUGGUCACCAUAGUAGGCAUUUUGACUGUAUGGUAUUUUAAUCAAAUCAGAAUGGUACGUUCACCUGAGUAAGGGUUCGGAAGACUCUGCUCUGUUCCUGAAAAAAGGUUUAUGUAUGUAUAAUCAAAAAAUUUUACUAUUAUUGUGGAUAGCUUACUUUUCUGGAAGAAAAGCCUAACGUUUGAUUUGAUAAGGGUUGACAAUGCAUUUAUUAUCUUUAUUUAGCAUCUAUAUAUAUACAAUGUGGAUUGUAAGUUGAAUUUUCAUGUGAUCUUCCACUGUGUGUCUCGAGGGCCCUCCAACACGCUACUGGAUGAUUGAAUCAAGGGAAAUUUGAUGUUGGAGGACUUAUAAAUAUGGCUUGAAUUGUAAUUUAUUAGGUUGUGGAUGAGAAAGCGAAACUUAGUUUUGUGUAUAAUGUAGCUGUCUGCAUGGUUGGGCGUGAUUGUGGGUUGAUACACUGCACAAGUCCUGUCUAUCUGUAUGGUGGUUGUUGAACAAAACUGGAAACAUGUUCUCUGAUAUCUUCACGUACUGUCAAUUCCUGUACCACAUAUACCUUUGUUACUAUUAUUUGUCCAAGUAAAAGUUUGAGCACCAAGAAAAGUUCCACUUCCAAAGAAAAAGAAUUAGGGCUCCUAGUUGUUACAUUAUGUCUCUCUUUGAUUCAAAACAAAGCAGUUUAAAUAGAGCCUAACAAGGUGUCUCCUUACAUGAUGUGAAUCUCAAACACGGCCAGACAACCGUUGUACUUGGGAUGGGGAGGAAUGGUGUUGGGCUCUAGCUGUGUGAAAAAGGAGAGCCAUACUGUACGUUCUGUUGGCAGCACAAAUUCUCUUGUUAACUCCAAGUCAUAUUGGUCAAACUUUUAAAAAAUUUGCAGAAUUGUAGUGUGAAGUCUGUAAACGGGAUUUUAAUGUGUUACAUCACAACUAACUGACCAGGAUCCAAGUAUUUGGCCAACCAAUUUAAAACGUAAGACUGGUUAUAGUAGUUCUUUGCAACGCCUUCCUGCACAGAUACCCAGGACUUGUGCAUUACAUACAGUAUGUGAAGCGAUGAGGGUUAGAGAUCUUGGGAGACUGGUGUGUACAUGUUACUAUGACAAGAAGUAUUGUACCUAGUGUAUGCCUGUGCAUUCCAUGUGUUCAAUCACCAUGGAACUGCUAGAAAUAUUUGUCCUCCAGGAAGCUUUGUGGACUGCUCAGGCCACAUAACCAUGGCUUUAAGUGCAGUUCCAGAUUUACAGUAUUCCAUCGUUGGCUCCGCUCCUGAGGUGUAGCCAAAAAAGGGAGGACAUGUAUUGUUACUGGCUGAGGGAACCGGAAGAAGUGAGAUGUGUUCUGUAUAUGGCAUUUUCCGCAGAAGGGUUGUUGUACACUUUGUGUUGCAGGAGAUGAGAGCAAAUGUGGUCUUUGGGCAGUCAGCAUAGCUGAGAGAGGAAAGAUGCUAGGAAUCCUCAUGUAAUUGAAGUAAAAAAAAGCUGUAAUAAAUUAUGCAUACCAUGUUGCAA